UUCUUCAUUUAAAUCUCUACGCGUUCGAACGAUACGAUUCGAACCGGUUAGACGGUACAACCUCGUGUGUGUGCGUGUGUCUAGCAGCGCGUGUCAGUUAAAUCCGAAACUAGAUGAAAGCUAAGUCGUUGCUAGGGGGACGUGCACUUGCACUUGCCACAAGAUCAUGGCAAUAGCCAGACCGCAAAUGAAAGUAGACAUUCCAGCAGCCGUGAUCGUGGAGCAUCGAACAAAUCGAAAUCCAAGCUGCACGGAAAGAUUGUACGAAACAUGUUUUCCCGCAGAUAGCGCGUGAUAUGGCAUUAGGUUCCACGGCAAUGGCAAACCUAAUUAAUUCCACAGCGAUUUUAGUAAAUGACGCCUACGAUUACUACCUCUGGACGCUAUCUCUUGCCGAUGAACGAACGAGAGGAUGGCUGCUGGUCGACUCACCAAAACCAACUUUGAUAUACACGAUGCUGUACCUGCUCAUUGUAUGGGCCGGGCCGAAAAUCAUGAGAAAUCGAAAAGCCUUCAAGCUAACGUGGGCUCUCGUACCCUAUAACCUUACGAUGGCCUGUCUCAAUGCGUACAUCGCCAUUCAGUUGUUCGUAGCGUCUACUAGGUUACGUUACAGCUACGUAUGCCAACCAAUCAGGCACGUGACGCGUCCUGACGAAUUGCAGAUCGCUCAUGCUGUUUGGUGGUAUUACUUCAGCAAGCUUCUAGAGUUCUGUGAUACGUUCUUCUUCAUUCUACGGAAGAAGGACAAUCAGUUAAGCUUCCUUCACGUCUACCACCACUCCACCAUGUUUUCGUUAUGGUGGAUUGGUAUCAAAUGGGUCCCGAGUGGAUCGACUUUCCUGCCAGCAAUGGUGAACAGCUUCAUUCACGUCCUCAUGUACUCCUAUUACGGAUUGGCGGCGCUUGGACCAUCCGUGGCUAAAUAUCUUUGGUGGAAAAAAUAUCUGACCAUUCUUCAACUGAUACAGUUCACCACUGCCUUAAUCCUCGGCAUCAACGGUAUUCGAUCGGGAUGCGACUUCCCGCUUUGGAUGCAAUACGCUCUCGUCAUUUACAUGAUCUCCUUCAUCGUUCUGUUCGGCAACUUCUACGCCAAAGCGUACAUCGCAAAGGGCAAGCAAGCUUACGCGGAAAGGCAGUUAGGAAAACUGAAAGCGAAACUACAAUCGAAGAAGGAAGUUACCGACGGAGCAAUUUGCAACGGAAAAAUCGCAAAUGGUCACGCUAAUGGACACGCGAACGGCGUGGCUAAAAAGACUCAAUGAACAACGCAUUUCCUAAGUUCUUCCUUAAACCAACACUGUCGUUCGAGCCGCAAGUUAUAGAAAGAUUCGAAGAGAAGAGAAAUGAAUAUAGAAAUUCACGAAGAUAUCGGUGUUGGUAACGAUUACCUCCGAAACCGAAAUACUUUCGUGAUCGAGAUGACUUUUGAAACGCUGUAACGUUUCAGAAAUAUCGGAUUUCUCUAGCGAACUAAUAUAAUGCGAUUGUAAACUUACCGGCCUGCGAUUUUGUUUACUCUUGGAUCAGCAACACAAAGUUAGGCGAAUCACUGUUCCAAGGUAUUGUAAAUACAAGUUAGUCGAGUGUAUCAGGUGUCUCAAAGGUUCUUCUCUAUUUUGGUAAAGCAGGGCAAAAAGACAAACAAAUGUCUAUAAGAUCUGAUUAUACGUAUAUUUUUAUAGAAAAUACUAACGUUUGAUUUUUAAAUAUAGGAAAAAGUUGUUCAAAAUCUUGAUUUCUACAACAUAUUAAAAAAUCAUCGAAAUCGGUGAGACCCCACCUUCUCUAAAUAAUUACCAUUAUUUUUUUAACCAUUUUGUUGGAAGCAAAACUUCUUCAAUAUCAAGUACGAAAUUGUCGUCGUACAUUUUUCGAAUUUAUUCAACGGCUCACGAAUUUCGUCGUCGAUUUAUGACAUUUUUUGUCGUUUCUUUUCUAAUGUCCACAAGUUUGAUUCCUUCAAUGCGUUACUAUAAAAAUAAUAGAAAUACAGUCCAAAUACUUGCACGUAGACAUCAAAGUAAACAUAUUAACCUCUUCCCGUGCCAUUUAGCGAGCCAGACUCGUUAACCCCUUCCCGUACUUUAACGAGUCUGACUUGUGAUGAAGAUUUUGGCCCAAGCAUGAAUAUGACGAGCCAGAUUUACGAAUAGAAGGUCGGGCCAAACGGAAACAUCACGAGCCAGGCUCGCGGACAGCAAAUCACGAUCGUGAUUGAGUUUUAGUUCCUAUCGGUACGCCAUAAGAGUUGGUCACGAUUCUUCUAAUCUCUGUUACAAAACAGUUUAGUGACAGUCUGUUCUGUUUACCGCACGUUGACGCCUACCGUUUGGGCCCGGAUUUUGUCGAGUUAAAUAGAACGAGAAGAGGUUAAUCGCGUCAUUAUGAUAUUCGUUUGAGGUUUACUCUGUUUCGCCAAAACGGAUAGGUACCUUUGGCCAUCCUGCAUAGCAGUUUAGUCGUCAAAAGAAGAGUUGUGAGAUCAAAUGUGAUCGAGUACGAUAGCGUUGCGUAACGUAAAUUUAAAAUAAGCAAUCUUUUGAUGGUCGACGGUUAAAAUCUGCCUUGUAAAGAAACAUAAUAAAAAAGGAUCGUCGAGGCGGGGGCUGUCUUUAGAUUUUGUUUUCACGCGGUAGAUGUAAUAUUAGAAUUCAAGUGUUGACGGUCACGUUAAGGUUGUAAGUUACCUACAUUUGCACAUUCGACGUCUAGUUAACAUCGUACCGUGAUAUAUGUAGAGAGUGUUUCAGAAAUACACGUAAAUACUUAAUACUAAGUAAUAAUACUUAAGUAUUUACAUAUACUUUUGAAAUAUCCUAUAAAGAUAUCUUACGAACGAUCUUUUCAAAUAAAUGAGAAAAAAAGACAUUUUAACACAACCGUGAACUAUUAAUCAAGAUGCACGCGUUGUGAAAAAAAAAUCAUAUGCAUUUUGCAAAUCACAUGCCUAACGUUGUAUCUAUAGAAGAGUCUUAUUAUUUAAUGAAUUUUUCCUAGGCAUUUAUAGAGUAAUAAAAUACAUUCGUCGUUAAUUUUGCUCAAAGAUCUGUUUGUUUAAAAAAUGGAAACAUUCACGAAUUCGCGUCAAUUAUUUUAUUCAAAUUUUAUCGAUUAGAUAAAUUAGAUUAGUUUGAUAAACGUUUAUAUAAGUAAACAUUUUUCUACGAUGAUUUUACACAGGAAUUACACACACAUAACGUAAAUAUAACAUAAUGAACGAAUUUUAGUCGUUUUAACGGAACAGAUUAGAACAAUGAAAUUUGAAUACAACAAAAUUGUUCUACGUUCGUUGAGAAACGUAAACAUGUCGCACAAAUCAAAGUUUCGUAAAAAUGGAACAUGCCUGACAUUCUCAUGAAAAAUUUGUAUACCCAGUUUCGAGUAAAAAUACAACUGGGAGGAUAUACGAUCACGAUCGUCCGAAAGUCAAUCGUAUCUGUUUGCACGCGUCUGUUUGAUUCAACUAUUUCUACAACCCUUAAGUAAUAUAGUAUUGUUAAUACGUUUUAUUAUUGUCGCAAUAUGUAAGGAAAAAUUACAAUUGUUAUAAAAAUGGCAUUGCUGCGCAAUGCAAAAGAUCAAACGAAAUGCAUUAUAUUUAUUCCCAACGGUGUUUGUUCAUCAAACCUUUUCCAUUCGAGAUAGAAAACUGUAAAACAACAGAUAAUAAAAUCAGAUGUCAAAAGGAUGUUAAUAAUGUUUUAAGUACAGUAUGUUGUAUGUUAUCAUUAUAAUAUGCGUAUGUAUUGAAAUUGAACUAAAAAUUGUUACUAUGUAAAUAUAUUUGUUGCUUAUACAUAAUUUUCGUCAGAAAAUGUAAUGCUGAAAAUAGAAUACUUUUGAGAACUG